AAGAUGAUUAGGAAGAUCAUUUAUACCCUGGAAAGACACGUGUCCACUGUGGCACGUGGGACCACCCAGGUGAGAAGAUUUCUGCAUGGUGCUUAUUUCAAGAUUCAUCCCUCUGUACAGGAAGCCCUAAUGGACAGGAGAGCCGUUGUAGCUUUGGAAAGCACCAUCAUUACACAUGGCAUGGCCUAUCCUCAGAAUCUGAGCAUGGCCAGAGAGGUGGAAAAAAUUGUAGCAACAAAUGGAGCAGUGCCAGCCACUAUAGGUAUUUUAAGAGGUCAAAUCCACGUGGGACUCACAGAUGAGGAACUUGAGUUCUUAGCAAGCAGUAAAAACACAGUUAAAGUGUCUCGGAGAGAUCUUCCUUAUGUCCUCAGCCAGGGCUUGUCCGGUGGCACUACUGUGUCUGGAACAAUGAUUGCUGCACACAAAGCAGGAAUCCCUGUGUUUGUCACAGGUGGCAUAGGAGGUGUCCAUCGAGGAGGAGAGAACACUCUGGAUGUGAGUGCUGACUUGACAGAGCUGGGACGAACUCCAGUCGCUGUUGUGUCUGCAGGAGUCAAGUCUAUCCUUGAUAUUGGCAGGACACUGGAGUAUCUGGAGACUCAGGGAGUCUGCGUGGCUGCCUUUGGAGAGUCAAGGGAGUUCCCAGCCUUCUUCUCACGCCGAAGUGGCUUUCAAGCACCAUAUCAUGUCCAGGAUGAAGAGGAGGCAGCUGAACUCAUUGCCAGUGCUCUGGGUCUAGGCCUGAACAGUGGGGUGCUGAUAGCAGUACCCUGUCCCCAGGAUCGAGCUACCUCAGGCCAGGUCAUUGAAGAGGCCAUCCAGCAAGCUCUCAGUGAAGCCAGGUCCAAAGGGAUCACAGGCAAAGAAGUGACCCCCUUUAUGUUACAGAAGAUCAGUGAAUUAACUGAUGGAAAAUCACUGGACUCCAACCUUGCUUUGAUCCAGAACAAUGCCAGAGUGGGCAGCUGCAUUGCAGUGGCCCUCAGCAAACUACAGAAAGCCAGAAGGAAGGAGGACCUGCCUCAGCAAGAGGACACAACCCCACCUCAGCCAGUGGUGAUUGGAGGUAUCAACGUUGACUUUGUAGCCAAGGCACAGAACCCUGCCAUCCUGGGUGGUGGGCAAACAAACGCUGGAAGAAUGAGACGAACCUUUGGCGGCGUUGGAAGAAACUUGGCAGACUGCUUAAGCCGUCUAGGACAGGCUCCUCUCCUUUUGUCAGCUGUGGGGAAGGAUGAACAUUCAGAGUCUGUCCUGCACUACUGUCACCAUAUGGACAUGAGUGCUGUCCUUCACCUGGAGGGGAAGAGCACAGCCACUUACUGUGCUGUGAUCAGCAGUGCUGGGGAGCUCAGCAUCGGCUUGGGAGACAUGGACAUCCACCAGCAGAUAACAGAGCAAUACGUGGCCCAGUUCAAGGAGAAGCUGUGCCAGGCCCCACUAGUUUGCAUUGAUGGAAAUGUGCCUCUUUCCACUAUUCAGUAUGUCUGCCAACUAGCUAGAGAACAUCAGCUGGCAGUGUGCUAUGAGCCGACAGAUGAGAACAAGGCCUCUAAGCCAUUCCUCUCAGACAGCUGGAAAGCGCUCACAUACAUUUCCCCCAACCUGCAAGAGCUAAGAGCAAUAAACCGGACCCUUGGGAACCCUUUGCCAGCAGAGCUGCCGUUCAGGUUGGAGGAUGUUGUCCAGACUGCAGUGGCCCUGGCCCGUCCUUUGCUGGCCCACCUGCGCUGUGUGGUGGUGACACUUGGUGCUCACGGCGUGCUCCUGUGCGGCCAGAGCCUGGGAGGGAGCAUCUCACUUUGCCCAGGAGCCCACAAACGGGUAUGGCACCAGCCACGCGUGGCCCUAUCAGCCUGGGCGACUCCCACUAACGUUCCUUCUCUCCCCGCUCAGACUGCUGCUGCCAGCCUCUGUGCCACCCACUACCCUGCCAUCCACAUCAGCAGGGAGGAGAUAGUCAACGUCUCAGGAGCUGGUGACAGCUUAAUGGCAGGAAUCCUUGCAGGGAUGCUUGCUAACCAUGACACAGAUACCUGUGUCCGGAUGGGUCUGCUUGCUGCAAGCUUGUCUCUCCGUUCCUAUGAGCCCAUCUCCCCAGAAAUCAGCACUGCCACUGUCAGCCAGGAGCAAGUCAAAAGCAGGAGCUGGCCGGAGGUGAAGGUAUGGAAGAUGGAUUAGAGCACCAUGGCUUUCACAUCCAUCACCUCCUUGUACUCCCAGCAUUGCUAUUUCCAGGAUCUGGGCCCCAUUUUGAGCUUUGAGCUCAAGAGCUGGCUGCUAACCAGAGGACUUAGGCUUUCAGUGCA